AUGAGCACCUGGUGGCGCUUCGCCGCUGCUCGCACAGUUCUGCUGAAGGCAACACUGCUGUGGAGAGGCACCAUUCAUCUCAAUAUUGAAGUUUACAGCGGGAAAGUUUGGACCGCUCUCGCUGACCUUACUACUUUGUGUUUACGGGAUGCCUGUGGUCAGUCCGGACAGGUAACCAGGAGCACCGCUGUGGUCAUGGCCUGCUCUGUUCUGCAGCUCCUCCUCGUCUCAUCACUUGCAGUUCUGACGACCGCGUCUGCCCCGGACAAUCCGGACCAUGAGUGGCACUUUAACCCAGCUCAGUGUCGUUAUGCUUUGGGGAUGGAGGACGGGACCAUCCCAGACUCGGACGUCAGCGCCUCGAGUGCCUGGUCCGACUCUACUGAGGCUAAACAUGGGAGGCUGAGCACCGGAGAGGGCGAUGGAGCCUGGUGUCCCGCUGGAGCUGUCUUUCCCACCGGGUCAGAGUAUCUUCAGGUGGACCUGCGGAAGCUUCAUUUCGUGGCUCUGGUUGGGACUCAGGGCCGCCACGCUGAUGGACACGGCCGAGAGUUUGCCCGUAGUUACAGACUGCGCUAUUCCAGAGAUGGAGUCAAAUGGAUCACCUGGAGGGACCGCUGGGGCACAGAUGUAGUGCAGGGGAAUGAGAACACCUAUGAUGUCGUGUUGAAGGAUCUGGGUCCUCCGAUUGUCGCUCGUAUGAUUCGCUUCCACCCGUUGUCUGACCGCGUGAUGAGCGUUUGUCUCCGGGUGGAGCUCUAUGGCUGUGUUUGGACCGAUGGACUGAAGGCCUACACAGCUCCUGUGGGUCACGUCAUGCACCUCUCAGGAAUGCCCAUUUACCUCAACGACUCCAACUACGAUGGAAGCACAGAGCAAGGGGUGCAGUUUGGAGGCCUGGGGCAGCUGUGUGACGGGGUCCUGGGAGGAGAUGACUUCAUCGAGACUAAAGAGCUGCGUGUGUGGCCUGGGUACGAUUACCUGGGCUGGAGCCGCGAGGCGCUCGGUCAGCCCAGUGUGGACAUCGAGUUCCACUUUGAGAAACCCAGAGUCUUCCACAGCAUGCAGGUCCACAGUAACAACCGUCACACCCAGGGAGUGCGUGUGUUCAGUAAAGUGGAGUGUCUGUUUAAGCCUGGCCUGCUGAAGCCCUGGUCCUCCCCCAGCCUCAGCCUCCCAGUCCCCCUCGACGACCUAAAGGACCCCUCCUCCCGUCCCGUCACCUUGCCUCUCAAGUCUCAGGCCGCGCAGAUCCUCCGCUGCAAGUUUUUCUUUGCGGACCGCUGGCUCCUCAUUAGCGAGAUAUCUUUUCUCUCAGAGCCUUUUGACGCAGCUCUGUCGGAGGCAUUUUCGGUUCCUCCUAUUCUUCCAGAGAUCCCGUAUUUCAACAGUUCUUCUCUUCCGCCCAUUACCCCGAGUUCUCCCACUCCCACGAACUCCUCCUUCAACACCACCCGGACUAAUGACACUUCCAGCACCAGCUUCAGCACGGAGCCCCCCGAUAACUGGACUCUUGCAGAUUUUGCCGCUGUAUCACCUAAGGCCGGGCUUCCAGUUGCCAAAGACGACAGCAGUAACACGGCCAUCCUGAUUGGCUGCCUCGUCGGGAUCAUCCUUUUGCUAUUGGCCGUAAUUGCCGUCAUUCUCUGGAGGCAGUACUGGAAAAAGAUCCUUGGCAAGGCGCAGAACAGUCUGUCAGGUGAUGAGCUGCGCGUGCACCUCUCUGUUCCCUCGGAGCACGUGGUCAUUAACAACACUCACAGUUACUCCAGUCGGUACCAGCGCAUCCACACGUUCCCCGACGACCCUGAGCGCGAGGCUGAAGGAGAGUACCAGGAGCCCAGUGCACUGCUGCGGCCACGCGACCAGAGCCGGGACAGCACCGCCUUGCUGCUAAACAACCCGGCCUAUCACCUGCUCCUGUCAGAUCACAGGAAAGGCUCCAGACCCGCAGUGGCCCCCAGCGCCUCGCGGGCCCCCAAAAAGAGCCUGAAUGUGUCCCCGGCUCAGGCCUGUGCCCUGGACCUGGAGCUGGAGAAAGGUUUUCCUCUGUGCCGCGAGGAGCCGCCUCCGUACCCGGGCGCCCCCCCAUACCCGGCUCUGUCCCCGCCCGUGUCCCCGCCGAUGCCCCCCAGUGUCCCGCACUACGCAGAGGCCGACAUUGUAAGCCUGCAGGGCGUCAGCGGCAACAACACCUACGCCGUGCCCGCCCUGAGCUCCUCCAGCCCCGGGGCAGACGCGACUCCGUUGCCUGAGUUGCCACGACACUGCCUCAUAUUCAAGGAGAAACUAGGAGAGGGCCAGUUUGGAGAGGUGCAUCUGUGUGAAAUCGAGAACCCUCAGGACCUUCCAAUCCUGGAGUUCCCCUUCAACGUAAGGAAAGGGCGCCCUCUUCUGGUCGCCGUGAAAAUACUGCGCCCAGAUGCCUCCAAAAAUGCCAGAAAUGACUUCCUGAAGGAGGUGAAGAUCCUGUCCAGGCUGAAGGACCCCAACAUCAUCCGUCUGUUGGGGGUGUGUGUCAGCAGUGACCCCUUGUGUAUGGUCACAGAAUACAUGGAGAGCGGAGACUUGAACCAGUAUCUGUCCCAACGAGUGCUGCUGGACAAAUCUGGGCCCUCACACAGCUCGCCCACUGUUAGUUAUCCUGCCCUGAUCUCCAUGGCCAGUCAGAUCGCAUCUGGGAUGAAGUUUCUGUCUUCACUGAACUUUGUGCAUCGAGACUUGGCCACGAGGAACUGCCUGGUGGGCGGGGACAGGGGGGAGGAGGGGGAUGACUGUGGGGGGGAGAGGCAGAUCAAGAUUGCGGACUUUGGCAUGAGCAGAAACCUGUACGCGGGGGACUACUACAGGAUCCAGGGCCGAGCCGUGCUGCCCAUCCGCUGGAUGGCCUGGGAGUGCAUCCUCAUGGGUAAGUUCACCACGGCCAGUGACGUGUGGGCGUUCGGAGUGACUCUGUGGGAGAUGCUGAGCGUGUGUCAGGAGCAGCCGUAUUCAACGCUCACAGACGAACAAGUGAUCGACAACGCAGGAGAGUUCUUCAGAGACCAGGGCAGACAGGUGUAUCUGACGAAGCCGGCGGUCUGUCCCCAGGGCCUCUACGAACUCAUGCUGAGCUGCUGGAACCGGGACUGCAAACUGCGGCCCUCCUUCAGCGACAUCCACUCUUUUCUCACAGAAGACGCCAUGAACAUGGUGUAG